UAAACAAUGCUACAGGACAACGUCCCUAUAUUUCGUAACCUCAAUGCUGAGGACCACGAAGCCGAAGUAACUGAAAUUGAAAGUCUCUGCAUGCAGUGCCACGAGAAUGGCACCACGCGCCUGUUGCUCACCAAGAUACCUUUCUACAAAGAAGUUGUGAUCAUGUCAUUCAACUGUGAUAACUGCGGAUGGCAGAACAACGAACUGCAGCCUGCUGCUACGAUUCAAACCACCGGUAUUCGUUUUACUCUGAACGUGAGUACCAAAACAGACAUGAACCGAGAAGUCGUCCAAACCGGCACAGCAUCUGUCAGCAUCCCCGAGUUGGAGUUUGAAAUACCGGCGAAAUCACAGGAAGGUAGCAUCACAACGGUUGAAGGAAUCUUGGACAGAGCGAUUCAAGGACUGGAGGCGUCUGUGAAACACAUCACAGAUGAAGAUGUGUCGAAUAAAAUGACUGAGUUCGUAGACAAGAUGAAGUCCUUACGUAAGCUCGAAAGGUCGUUCAGAAUAGUCAUAGAUGACCCUUCGGGAAAUAGUUUUGUGGAGAACCCUCGUGCACCCAGUGCGGACGAUGCCAUGACUGUGGAGCGAUACACCAGAUCGAAGGAACAGAAUCUUCUUCUAGGCAUGGAUGAAGAAGCUACGGAAGAGGAAGAUGUCACUUCCGAAGUGCUGACAUUCUCGACGAACUGCAGCGAGUGUGGUGCGCCGUGUGAGACGCGUAUGAAGACGAUAAAGGUGCCUUAUUUCAAAGAAGUGAUAAUAAUUGCAACAACCUGCGACCGAUGUGGCCAUCGGACCAACGAGGUGAAGAGCGGGUCCGGCAUCGAACCUCUCGGAGAACGACUGGAGCUCGACCUGACGGAAACCUGCGACCUAGCCAGGGAUGUUCUAAAGUCCGAGACCUGCACCGUUUCCGUGCCUGAGCUGGAGCUGGAAGUUGGAGCUGGGCUGCUCGGAGGACGCUUCACGACGGUCGAGGGGCUCCUGGAUGAGAUACGCAGACAGAUCACACAGGAGAAUCCAUUUUUCCGGGGCGACACAGUGAGCAGUCAGCAAAAGGUGCGCAUGGGGGCUUUCGUGGAUCAGCUGGGGAAAGUCAUAGAAGGCAAAAUGCCAGCGACUCUCAUACUGGACGACCCAUUCGGAAACAGCUACAUCCAGAACUUGUACGCUCCGGAACCGGACCCUGCGCUGAGGAGCACAAAGUACGAGCGGUCCUACGAACAGAACGAGGCGAUGGGCCUCAACGAUAUCAAGACAGAAAACUACGAGGAAGACAGCUGACGCAGAGGACGUUACAGGCAGCAGUGGUGCUUGAUGGA